UGAGAAACGGAAAGCUUCAACAGCUUCUCAAUCUUCUUCCCUCCCUCAACAGAACCGUUUGUUGCUUCCCUGCCGUCUCCCCCGAGAGGUGACGGCUAUUUUUGACGCGAUAAACCGUUCCUCUUCUCGAUAUCUCUUUCUCACCAAUCCAUUCGGUUUCCAUUUUCCUUAAAAUGGCGUUCUUCGCUCGGUUGGUUACUGGCCAUUCAAUCGCGGCCUCACCAGAUUCCCAGAACUUGCUUGAUUUGAAUUUGAGGGUUUGCGUGAAUUGGAGAAGCCCUAGUCGGAAACACCGAAGGUUGCAGCAGCUGGAUUAUGCAUGAGUGAAUCCAAAUCUUCCAAGAUUAAUUUAAGAUUGGUGAUAAUUGUUCGUUUCUUCUUCUCACUUUUUGUUAUUAUUGGAGGUUUCAGGAGCAGAAAUAUGGUAGUUGCAGAGCAUGAAAUUUCAAUUCUUGAUUUCAAGACUAUUACUAGUUCUUCCAUAAGAUUUCCUUCAGAUUCCUCCACAGAUUCACAAACCUUGUUUAUAGAUGUUGAGUGGAUAAAUUAUUGCCCGGAUGUUUUCAGCAUUCUUCAAAAAUAUGGGAAAAUUGAUGGCAAUGAUUAUAUGACCUCAAUAUGUGCUCAAGAGACAAUACGCCAGCUUGGUUUAUACAGGAAAAAUUCUUCUAGAAUUUAUUUGCCUAAUGAUGAUAAAUUUUUUAUCAGGACCAUAAGCAAAUCUGAACUGAAGGUUUUCUUAGAGAAGCUGCCAAAUUAUUAUCACCAUGUAAGAAAAUACAAGAACACUUUGUUAUCAAAAUUUUAUGGGCUUCAUGCUCUGAAGCCAUCUGGACGGCAGAAGACAGGUCAACCCUUUUCUAAAGUUUAUUUUGUUGUUAUGGGAAACGUGCUUCACUCAGAUCUGUGCAUCCAUAAGCGUUUUGAUCUCAAAGGAUUUAACAGGUCUGGUUCAAGCAGAACAGGAGUUGAGGAGAGCAGCACAAAUGAGGAUGAUCUUGACAUUUUUUUUCAUCUUGAUACACCAAUAAGAAACAUGUUUAUAUCGCAAGUCAAACUUGACUGCAACUUCUUGGAAGAAAUAGGUGCUACAGAUUAUAGUCUUUUGCUUGGAUUACAUCUCCCCUCUACAACACUUGGAGAUCCUGCUAAAAGCUCCGUUUAUACAGAUGAUCGAAAGAGUAUUUCUUCUCGAGACGGAAGUUUCCUAAGUGAACCAGAUGAGGAUUUAUUGACCACCGAUAGUACACAAUCCAGCAGCAGUACUGAUAAAACACAACCAAAGUUUGGAGUGAAAUUGUUGGCACGGGCAUUCAGGAAAAAUGGAAUUGGAAAUUUGUCAAACCUUAGAACUUCGAGGAAGGGGAGAACAUAUAACAUCAUUUUGUUCCUUGAAAUAUCAGAUAUACUACAGUUCUAUGGAAUGGCUAAGCGUGUGGGGAGUGUCUUCAAAUCUGCAUCUGGAGGGAAUCCUAAAGCUUAUUCUGCUCGUUUUCAGGAUUUUAUCUCCCAAAUUUUUCCCGAAAAUGAUUUCAAUGUAAAUAUUUAAAUAAUCUUGCUGGUGAAGUUUAAAUUUGGAGCAUUUACAUAC